UUAUUCCGCUGGGAUAGCGCGGCCGGAGCGCGGCGGCGGCGGCAUGGCCGGGGUCCCGAUCUGCGCCCUCCUCCCGCUCCUCGUCGGCGUCUGCGGCGCCGUCACCGGCUCUCGGGUCUAUCCCGCCAACGAAGUUACCUUGCUGGAUUCCAGAUCAGUUCAGGGAGAACUGGGGUGGAUAGCAAGUCCCCUGGAAGGAGGGUGGGAGGAAGUGAGCAUCAUGGAUGAGAAGAACACUCCUAUCCGCACCUAUCAAGUCUGCAACGUGAUGGAGCCCAGUCAGAAUAACUGGUUACGAACUGAUUGGAUUCCCCGAGAGGGGGCUCAGAGGGUUUACAUUGAAAUCAAGUUCACGCUCAGAGACUGCAACAGCCUGCCAGGUGUCAUGGGAACUUGCAAAGAGACUUUCAACCUUUAUUACUACGAAUCAAACAACGACAAAGAGCGCUUUAUUCGCGAGAGCCAGUUUGCCAAGAUCGACACCAUUGCUGCUGAUGAGAGCUUCACCCAGGUGGACAUUGGUGACAGGAUCAUGAAGCUGAACACAGAGAUCCGGGAUGUGGGGCCACUCAGCAAGAAGGGGUUUUAUUUGGCUUUCCAGGACGUGGGUGCCUGCAUUGCUUUGGUCUCUGUCCGCGUGUUCUACAAGAAGUGCCCGCUGACCGUUCGGAACCUGGCGCAGUUUCCAGACACCAUUACUGGGGCUGACACCUCCUCUCUGGUGGAGGUUCGUGGCUCCUGUGUCAACAACUCAGAAGAGAAGGAUGUGCCAAAAAUGUACUGUGGGGCAGAUGGUGAAUGGCUGGUGCCCAUUGGCAACUGCUUGUGCAAUGCUGGCUAUGAGGAGCGCAACGGAGAAUGCCAAGCUUGCAAAAUCGGAUACUACAAGGCUCUCUCGACAGACGCUGCCUGUGCCAAGUGCCCGCCCCACAGCUACUCCAUCUGGGAAGGCUCCAUGUCCUGCACCUGCGACCGCGGCUUCUUCCGAGCCGAAAACGACGCUGCCUCCAUGCCCUGCACUCGCCCUCCAUCUGCUCCCCAGCACCUGAUUUCCAAUGUCAACGAGACCUCAGUGAACCUGGAGUGGAGUCCCCCCCAGAACAAGGGUGGCCGGGAGGACAUCUCCUACAACGUGGUGUGCAAGCGGUGCGGGGCGGGCGAGCCCAGCCGCUGCCGCUCCUGUGGCAGUGGGGUGCACUUCAGCCCCCAGCAGAAUGGCCUGAAAACCACCAAAGUCUCCAUCACCGACCUCCUGGCACACACCAACUACACCUUUGAAGUGUGGGCAGUGAAUGGGGUGUCCAAGCAAAACCCCAGCCAGGACCAGGCUGUGUCGGUCACUGUGACCACUAACCAAGCAGCUCCGUCCCCAAUUGCAUUGAUCCAGGCUAAGGAGAUAACAAGGCACAGUGUUGCCUUGGCUUGGCUGGAGCCUGACAGGCCAAAUGGAGUCAUCCUGGAGUAUGAGGUCAAAUACUAUGAAAAGGACCAGAACGAGCGCAGCUAUCGCAUCGUGAAAACGGCCUCCAGGAACACCGACAUCAAAGGGCUCAACCCCCUGACCUCCUACGUGUUCCACGUGCGGGCCAGGACAGCAGCAGGCUACGGGGACUUCAGUGGGCCCUUCGAGUUCACCACCAACACAGUUCCUUCCCCCAUCAUUGGCGAUGGUACCAAUCCCACAGUGCUUCUUGUUUCAGUGGCUGGCAGUGUUGUUCUUGUGGUCAUUCUCAUUGCAGCCUUUGUCAUCAGCAGGAGGCGCAGUAAGUACAGCAAGGCCAAGCAAGAGGCAGAUGAGGAGAAACACCUGAACCAAGGUGUUAGAACAUAUGUGGAUCCUUUUACAUAUGAAGAUCCAAACCAAGCUGUGAGGGAAUUUGCCAAAGAAAUUGAUGCCUCCUGCAUAAAGAUUGAAAAAGUUAUUGGUGUGGGGGAGUUUGGUGAAGUGUGCAGUGGACGUCUCAAAGUGCCAGGAAAAAGAGAGAUCUGUGUUGCUAUCAAGACUCUAAAAGCUGGUUACACUGAUAAACAAAGGAGAGACUUUCUGAGUGAGGCCAGUAUCAUGGGACAAUUUGACCACCCCAAUAUCAUCCACUUGGAAGGUGUAGUUACUAAAUGUAAACCAGUAAUGAUCAUAACUGAGUACAUGGAGAAUGGCUCCUUGGAUGCCUUCCUCAGGAAGAAUGAUGGCAGAUUCACAGUCAUCCAGCUGGUGGGGAUGCUCCGUGGCAUUGGCUCAGGGAUGAAGUACCUGUCUGACAUGAGCUACGUGCACCGGGAUCUCGCUGCUCGCAACAUCCUGGUCAACAGCAACCUGGUCUGCAAGGUGUCUGACUUUGGCAUGUCCCGGGUGCUGGAGGAUGAUCCUGAGGCAGCUUACACCACACGGGGGGGCAAGAUCCCCAUCAGGUGGACUGCUCCCGAGGCCAUCGCCUACCGCAAGUUCACCUCGGCCAGCGACGUCUGGAGCUACGGCAUCGUCAUGUGGGAGGUGAUGUCCUACGGGGAGAGGCCCUACUGGGACAUGUCCAACCAAGAUGUGAUCAAAGCCAUCGAGGAGGGCUACCGGCUGCCCCCGCCCAUGGACUGCCCCAUCGCCCUGCACCAGCUGAUGCUGGACUGCUGGCAGAAGGAGCGCAGCGACCGGCCCAAGUUCGGCCAGAUCGUCAACAUGCUGGACAAGCUCAUCCGCAACCCCAACAGCCUCAAGAGGACAGGCAGCGAGAGCUCCAGACCUAGCACAGCCCUGCUGGAUCCCAGCUCCCCUGAGUUCUCGGCGGUUGUUUCUGUCAGUGACUGGCUCCAAGCCAUGAAAAUGGAGCGAUACAAGGAUAACUUCACAGCUGCUGGCUAUACCACCCUAGAGGCUGUGGUGCAUAUGAACCAGGAGGACCUGGCCAGGAUCGGGAUCACGGCCCUGGCGCACCAGAACAAGAUCCUGAGCAGCGUCCAAGCGAUGCGCACCCAAAUGCAACAGAUGCACGGCAGGAUGGUUCCCGUCUGAGCCAGCACUGAAUAAACUCAAAACUCUUGAAAUUAGUUUACCUCAUCCAUGCACUUUAAUUGAAGAACUGCACUUUUUUUACUUCGUCUCCUCGCCCGUCGAAAUCGAGAUCUGCAGCGUUGCUUGAUGUACAGAUUGCGGAAGCCGAGCGCGUGUGUUGGGAGGGGGCCUCCAGAAAUGACGAGCCGUCGUUUGAAACCAGACCUGGAACAAAUGGUUUCUUGGAACAUACUUCUCUGUUGAUCAAUGAUAUGUAAAAUACAUGUAUCUAUUUGAAUAUAAAGUCACAUUCAAGUUUUGAUUCUAUGUUUGCUGCCAGAUACUGUGCUUAAAAAACAACAGCAUUACUUUCCUUCUCCCUGUGACCUGUAGGAUUACAACCGUAGUGUUUUAUUUGUGGGUGAAACCACCGUUGUGUAUCUUUCACUGGAAUGAAGAAUCUGCCCUAGGAUAUUCUUUGCAGACUGGAUGCAUCACUAACACCUUGCAGAAACCUCAGUGAGAAUAUCACGUGGCUAAUCAGUGCCUGCCAAUUAGUGAUCUACCCUUUUAUGGGCUUGAGACGUGAAGUGACCCACCUUGUGGAUUACUGGGCCAAACUGGACUUCUGGGGAGGUGCUUGGCUGUUGUGCCGUGCUGAAACCUGCCACUGAAAGACUUUUGUGACCAUCUUGCCAGUAGUCAGCUGUGACAAUCGUGGCUGUGGAGCUUUCAGACUUCUUUUCUCUUUCAAGAAACUUACUCCCUUUGCCUCACGGAAGGUCAGUGGAAGUACUGUGUCCAACAUAUUCAUGGUGCUCUAUUUUGUAAGCUGUGCUAGGAUUUCAUCACUGUUGGGGGAAAAUAAAAACUGCUGUGGUAUGUGUUGUUUGGGGUUGCUAACUGGUUGGUAAGAAUCUGUGCUGGUUUCCCAGACUAAUUGCUGAGCCUUUCCCAUUGUUUGCUCUAUUUGAUGGCAGUGAAAAUUGCACUAUCUCAAAUUGCUCUCAAGCUGUUGCCUGGUAGGGUGUGCAGACAAGGUGUAGGAGUGUCUUGGGGCUCAGCUCAGUGCUGAAAGCUUGACCUCAAUUCACACUGAGAGCAGUAGGGAUGCCCUUAUGCUGUGGUUGGAAGAGCUCAACAUGAAUGGAUGCCACAGUGUAAAGUACAAAUACUCAUAAAUGCACCGAGAAGAACCAAAGACUUCUCCUGCGUUCUCAGGAACAGCAGUAAAAGCAGUAUUUGGGUUUUAGAAAGAUGGGUUUCACUUGUGGUGUCAGUGGUUUUCUGGGAAAGGGAGCAGAUAAAAAUGGGCUAGAGCAUGCAGCCUUGCAGGUUUUGUGCAGUUUGGGUGUCAGGCAGGGUAACAGCUCGUGCGCCGUGAUCCUGUUGGAUCAGUUGUGGGAACCAAACUCCACUUUGAAAACCAGCCCUGUAGGGUGGGUAUCUGGGAUUAUCGGGGCAGCUGUGGGUGUGUGAGUGCCAGGUGCAGGCUGCACAGCUGGGGCCUGACACCCCUCUGCAGGUUUGGCCAACAGGAGGGAGCAUGGAAGAGCUGCCCUCUGCCUCCUCCAGGGAGUAGGUGGAAGCUGAGUCACUGAAAGCAUGCCCUGGCUUGCUAGGUGGAGGAGACUGCUGUGGCAGUGUGGUUGUCCUCAGCAGGUCACACAGGGUAAAGCUUUAUCCAGUAAAGCUCUUAACACACUGAGGCUUGAAUUUAUUUGUCAUGAAGCUUUUAUUACUCUUUUUGAACAGAGUAUGUAAGUUAGAUUCUUUAAAGUCCUUCUGAGGACCAAAGUGAUGAGGUGACCUUAGAAAAAAGACAGGGCACUUAUUCUGGGCUGAGCAGGAGGAGGAUUUUCAUGACAUGUCCUUUAGAACUGACAUUGCAUUUCAGCUGUGCCAGGCACAGUGUCAGAAAGGUGAGAUUUAUCGUUUAAUGGCACUAAGAUUGGUUCUUUAGUCUUUAAUAUUUUUGGUCCUAUUCCACACCUGACAGCAAAUUCAGAAAUGAUUUAAUGGCUUUAUAGGUCAAACUUUCUUAAUAAUUGAGUUUAUCCUAAAUCCAAAACAGUUCACUCAGUUGGACAAAUCACACAUACUGUAUUGUCACUCACAUCACUUUUUUUGUCACUUUUAACAAUAACUUGCUGAUUUUAACCACUAACUCUCCCUCACUCCCAGCUCUCUCAGAGAACAACUUGUUCUGAAUAUGAGAUGCUAAAUUUGGAUCCUGUCAAGUCAUGACAGCUCAGUAUAAACUGUUCUGCAGUAUUACUUUUAAAAGCUUUUCCAUUUCAAGAAAUUUAAGAUUUCUUUAAAAAAAAUCUUCUUAAACCAGCAUGUUUUAAUGUCACUUUGCCAGGCAACAUAAGAAGUAGUUACUCAUCUUAAAGACCUGACAUUUGUACUUUCAGCAGGAAAAAUUCUUCUGCCUCUCAAGUGCAGAGAUACUUGAAGUUUCCUUGCUGUAAAUCUGUUGCGUUCUGUUGAGAUCAUCUUUUUUAUCUAAAACCAAAAUACACCCAAUUUUCUGGCCAGUUUGUUAAAUUGCUGUCUCGGAGUCUAGUAGUGGUAAUUCAAAACAGUGCAAUAUUUUCCACACAAAAUGGAAAACUGUGUCCCUAUAGAAUGAAAACUGUGAAGGCAGCUCAGAUGCUGGGUUUUCAGCACUGCCACUGGUGGUUGUGUUUCCUGUAAGAUGAAAUAUGGCCGAGGAGGGGCAUCCACUGGAAUGGGAUUUUAGCUUGAAGAGAGCUGAUGGAGGGGAAAAAAAAGUGGCCCAUGUAAGUAUAGAUGGAAAGGUAGGUUGGUUGAUUACACAUAUGUGUGUAAGGUAUGCCAUGGAGGCAAGGCUUUGGAAUAGUGUGAGGGAAGGGAGAAGGACAGGGAAGGCAGAUGGUUCCCGACCUUUGAGCGUUGCCGUUUGGGCAGGUCUGGGUGUCUGGCUUGGAGCAUGUGGUUUAAUCUGGGUUCUCUUUUUGUGCAGGGAAUUGGAUUUUGCUUUCACAGCCUCGUAGCCCGUCCUGUUGAUCACAUUGACCAUGGAGGAACACAGAGCAGUCACGAAGCCUUCUGGACCCACAGUUGCGUCUUCCAUAGCACUGAUUCUGGAAAACACAUGCUGAACAGUCAUCAGUCCCUGAAGAGAGUGUGACUUUUACUUUCUCUUUUUUUUUUUUUUUUUCCUGGGCCACCCACUCCGUUGUUUUUCUCCACUGAGCGAUAACUAACUCGUUAAGACUCAGCACCCAGUUGUCACUUGAGGAAUGUACUGUGUCAAAGCCCUGCAGACUUCUGGAUUUUGUUUUUCUUCCUCUUCUGCUUUCUCUGCUUACCUUUGGUUUUAUUUAUAUAUUUUGUUGUUGUCUCCCUCAUUCCCCUGGCUGUCACCGCCGCAUCCCGGACGAAGGAAGGUGACAGAGCCCUACACAUCUUACCAUGGACGCCAGGCCAGGUGCCACAGCAAAGAACCCAGUUCCUGUGAGCUGCCUGUGUACAUUGCUGAAGUGACAAUUUUACACUAAAGGUGCCAUUGCAGUGAUAUAAAUAUAUUUUUUUCCUUGAAUGGAGAAUGGAUUAUUAUCUCCUCCGAAAGGUGCGUACGUGUGCUCGUGUGCGUGUGUCGGCGUGCAAGUCACCUCGUGUGUAGAACUGCCUGUGAACGUGCCCCAAACACCUCUGUCCUGUGAGACCAGGCUGGUAGCUCAUGUCUGAAAGGAUAGCAAGAACACACACGUUAACAAAGUGUUGAAAUUUCUGUAUCUGUAAGUGUAUUUUUUAGCUGCCACGCUAACGUUGUUGAGUAGUUCAGCAGCCUGAAACAGGGGCAAUUUCAAGUUAGUUUUGGAGUGAUGGAUGCAGGAUCUAAAGGGUGCUAAAGGUUCUUGUUAAGUGUUGUUUAUUUGUACUAGUGCCCUGCUCAUGACCAAGAACAACCAGUUUCUCAGUGGCAAGGUGGUGGAGGCAACACCUGCAUCUCCAUCCACUGGAAAUCCUGAACUGAAUUCUUACGUAGCCUUUUUUAUCUGCAAAAAUAGGAUUUUAAAGACUUGUUGAAUGCUAGCAAAUAUAUGCAGUUCUUCCAUUCACAGAAGCACCUUGCUCUGUGUGCAACGUAAUAAUCAGAACACUUCCCUGGUUCCCAGCACAGAUAAGGAACAAAAAUGCAACAAGGCCUGUAAAGUUAACAGUUAGCAAGAGUUGUGCAGUGUGUCCUGUUCCUCGUGCAGUUGAAGGGCAGUGGAAGAGCAGCAGAAGACACUCCAUGGCCCAGGGAGCAGUGCUGCAGCAUGCUGACCCUCCCUAGGAGAGCUUGCUGUGUUUGGAGAGUUCACCCUGCUGUGCUGUGGGGCAGCUGGAGUGGAGCUGAGUGCCUGCCCCCAGGGACACAGGGCCACCAGCACCGGGCAGGGGACAGGUGGCCGUGCUGCCCACGGGGGCGGUCUGGGCACACAGCCCUGCCCAGAGCUGUGACCUGGUGCCCGAGGCUGCUGCUGCUCCCUCUUUGCCCCCUCGCUGACCCUCCAUGGUAAUUCCUGCUCUGGAGGAGGAGGAGCAGCAGGGCUGGCAGGGAGGCAGGGCAGCUGGGCAUGGCAGGCACCAGGAUGUGCCAGCUGUGCCUGGCAGAGGUGGCUCCCACAGAGGCUGGGCCACCACAGGCUGCUCCAGACACUGCUGCCCUUGGGGACAGGCCAUCACCAGCUUGUCCCCCACCACGAGUGUGUUCAAUUGUCCUGCUCACACACCAAUGGUUGAUGUUUGUCCGGGUUUCUUGCUGUGCUAAUUUUGUGAUGGAUCUUAUGUAUUAAAAAUAUAUAUGUAUAAAAUAAAAAAAAAAAAAAAAAAAAAGCUGGUAAGUAACCAGUAAACAGGACUUAAAAAGCAGUAUUUUUCUUUUAUGUGACAUUUUCAUAACCAGAAAAAAAAAAUCUGAAAUACUAAUCAGACAAAUAAAAAGAGAGUGCAUUUAUUUUUUUGUAUCACUGCAAGUAUGUUGGAAUAUGCAAGGACUGUGUAAAUUAGAAUGUAUGAGGCAUAUUAUAAUUUAGUUCAUACUGAAAAAAUCUAACAGCAUUUCUUGGUUCGUGCAUUUGAACGAUCUCUGGGUUAGAUAUAUAGAUUUUUCUAUUUUGUUUUAAUUUGUAAUUUUUUUCUCCCUCCGUGAAUUUUAGGUACACAUAACUUAUGUCAUUUAUUUAUGGUCUUUUAUACCUAGUUUGUAAAAUUGUAAAAUAGCAAACAAUGCAAACAUUUGCAUUUGAAAAUAAUAAAGUAGUUGCUGUACAAACCUGAAA